AUGUCUGUUGCCGAAUUGGUAAAACUAUUACAGAAGGGCAACACUGAUGUAACUGAUUACAACUCUGAGCAGGUCGAACGUGAUGUGUUUUGGAGAGAGAAGAGAAAAUGGGUUGAUUCAAAGUUACCUACAGGCUAUUUCAAGCACCCAUUGUUAAACAAGUAUCAUUCAUUUGGUAAGGUAGAUACACAAUUUGUCAGUGACCCAUACUAUAUCGAAAUUGAUAAUAGAUGCUUCGGUGAACUAAGGGAUGCUAACGGCCGGUCUUUGGAUCCUGAUACCUUUCGGCCAGUUGUUUCAGAUGCAGAACUCAAACGGAUGGCUUCUGGGCGUUCAGUUGAUUACCAUCCCAAAUCUAAUCAAGAGACUCGGUAUCCGAUAAUCCAUGGUCGCGAUGGAUACAAAAAUGACAUAGAUUUGAUUGCAUGCAUCCGACGAAUGCACGAAGGUUAUGAAGAGUUUAUAAAAGAGGAAAAACGUAAGGAAUUGGCUGACAUACAGCAUUUCCACUCUUCACAUGGUAUUCACAAUCCUGGGGAGAGUUUGCUAGAAACAACUGGCUUAGGAACGCGGGGCACAGACAUUUCUGCCUCAAGAGAUGAAUACAACAUGCAACGUGGCGUGAUACGACCUACUCCUGCUUUGUCUGAGAACAUCUUUUAUGAGGAAGGAGGCAUGCCACCUACACAAUUAGUUCUACAUAGGCGAUCUGAAUCACCAACCUCAGGCUUACCAUCACUAACGCCGAUGGAUGCAUCACCAUCUCCAUCAUCAACUGCAUUUGACUUCACAACAAUGCAGCCAUCGCCAAGGCUUCAUGAGAGAAGAAACCCGAGAGAUUCAUCCUUGCAGGAAGUUUACAAUCCAAGAACCGGUAAUUGGAUUAGAAAAAAUGGUAAGGUACACAAGGAACUUAAGAAAGAGUGGGCGAGUAAUUCUUAUAAGGAAUCUAUGCCGGCGCAGAGCCAAAUGCCGGCAGGCAUACCUGACCAGGACAUUACAGAUGAAGAACAAAGUUUGAAUGAUGAUGAUGAAACUAAUGACGAUGAUCAUCAAGACUAUGUUCAAGAACUUGUAAACAAAUAUGCCGGCGCAGAGCCAAAUGCCGGCAGGCAUGCCGGGCGCGGAGCGGCCAAUCCCGGAGAGGUCAAUACCAGCGCUCCCAAAAAACAUACUGCAUCAGAGAAGCAGCGAGCACAUUUAGAAAAAAGCCAAGAAAAGGCUCUUCAGGUUAGACGAGAACUUGCCGCCAAGAGAAAAGAAGAGAGAGAACUAGAAAAGAAGAGAAAAGAGGAUGAACGGAUUCUUGCUAAGGCCGAAGCCCUUAGAGUGGAACAGGAAAAAUGUGUCGAGGCUAGGCUCCGCAACUAUAUGAAGGACUUACAAAUUGAGGAAUCGUCAGAUGAUUCUUCAGAUGAUGAUGAUUAUGAGGUUCUUAAAGUCAUCAAGAGAAAGAGAACUCGCCCUGUUCAUCCCACUCGCGCAGAUGUAGUCCGUUUUAAAAAUGGACAUGAGUAUGCCGGGCAUGGAGUGGCCAAUCCCGGCAGGGAUCCCGGCGCAGAGCCAUAUCCCGGCAGGCAUGCCGGGCACGGAGUGGCCAAUCCCGGCAGGGAUCCCGGCGCAGAGCCAUAUCCCGGCAGGCAUGCCGGGCACGGAGUGGCCUAUCCCGGCAGGGAUCCCGGCGCAGAGCCAUAUCCCGUCUUUGAUGAGAUUGUAUAG